AUGCUGCUAAUUGUAUUGCGAAAUCUGCAUCUUCUUAGUCUAGUAGAACAUGGUUCACACAUUGUGGAGGCCUGUGUUUCUACUGGGUUUAAGGAACAAGAGCUGAGGAGCCCGGACCUUGUGGCCUUGGAAUAUGCUGAUCUUAAUCUCACCCACAAUGUUUCCCAGGAACUGGGUCACGUCAGAAUUAGGCAACAUGUGAACCCACUUAGCUCUUCUUUAUCUGUGCCUGUGGAAGUGCCUGAUUGGAAUCAAGUGUUCAGGGACCCAACAUUGCCGCUCAUGGUGGACAUUGGAAGUGGUAGUGGUAGAUUUCUCAUGUGGCUGGCGAAAAGAAACUUAGUUGUGAGGAAUUAUUUGGGACUGGAAAUACGGCAGAAACUUGUCAAACGUGCUGAUGUCUGGGUUAAGGAGCUGGGUCUUAGUAAUAUACAUUUCAUGUAUGCAAAUGCCACUACUUCAUUUAAUCAACUGGUGUCUACCUACCCUGGACCACUGAUGCUUGUUUCAAUCCUGUGCCCAGAUCCGUAUUUUAAGAGAAAGCAUCACAAGAGACGGGUUGUACAGAAGCCUUUAGUAGAUUCCAUUGUGAAUAAUUUAGCUCCCCACGGACAGGUGUUUAUACAGUCCGAUGUACUUGACAUCGCACUUGAGAUGAGAAACCAAUUUGAUUCUCUGCCCCAUGUUCUGAAGCACAUAGAUGAAAUCGAAUCCAGCGUGUUGUGUGACAGUGAGGGAUGGUUGUUGAGCAAUCCAAUAGGAAAAAGGACGGAAAGAGAAAUUCAUGCUGAAUUUGAAGGGGCAAAAAUUUACAGGAGAGUAUACCAGAAAGUACAGAAGGCUAUUGGAUGAAGUAAUGCGGAAUCAAGUGAAUGGUUUUUGAUAGAGAUUUUUGUAAUGUGAAAUGUGAUCAUCAUUUGUAGAGUUGUUCACAUCAAGUUUUAUGAGGAAGUAGCAUAUAAUCAGAUUUAGUGUGACCCAUCCAUAUCUAGCCUUUUUUUUUUUUUAA